CUACGCAAUCAGGAGGCGACAACUGACUUGAAAGCAAUAGGAGCCAUGUUAGAAGAGGCAUGGCGGAGGCUCAUGCGGCUCAUGUGAGUGCUUGUGGCUUGAGGCUCAUCUCUCUUGACCAUUUCCAGAUCCUGGAGAGAGUGCCAACAAUGGAUGAUCAAGGAUGCCAAAUCUGAAUAUAGAAGAUGCUUUCUCAAAAGGCUCGGUAUUUAAUCUCCUUCCAAUACUCUGGAACGAUGUAUAGCGGCGUGAUGGAGACGCCUCCUCACCAGGCCACACUCGGAGUGCAAAAUUACUUGGAGAAAGCGGCGGAGAAGCUCCGUCCUUUGGUGCCCGUCAAGUUUGUCAUCUCCAGCCGGACGGACACAGGGGUCCACGCCCUCUGCAAUACAGCCCACAUCGAUAUCGAGAGGUCCGGGGGAAAGCCGCCCUUCUCUGAAAGCGUCCUGGUCCAGGCUCUCAACCGCAACCUUAAGCAUGAGCCCAUCCGCGUUCUUGCUGCUCGCCGCGUCUCGGACACUUUCCACGCACGUUUCUCAGCCUUGUCGAGGACUUACGUCUACCGAGUUGUAACCGGUUGCUCUUGUCCUUCCGACCUGCCGGUCUUUGAGCGGAAUCUCUGCUGGGUGACACAGAGAGGCCAUUUGGACUUGGCCGCUAUGCAGGAAGCAGCAGGGUUGCUGGUGGGCACCCAUGACUUCAGCACCUUCCGCUCUGCUUCCUCCGAAUUACCUGCAAAGAACCCGGUCAAGACAAUUGACCAGCUGGAGAUCAGACCUUCUUCGGGCUUCUUGAUGCACCACGUCAAGAGUAGCGACCUGAAGUUUUGGGAACUGGAAUUCACCAGCCGGUCAUUUCUCUACAAGCAGUGCGGAGGCAACGGGGAUGUCGGGAGAGAAGAGACUGACUACCCAUGAAAGGCAUGACAAUAAGCCUCCUGACUGCUGCUUCUCCUCCAACAAGCCACCUGACUGCUGCUUCUCCUCCUCCAACAAGCCUCCUGACUGCUGCUUCUCCUCCUCCAACAAGCCCCCUGACUGCUGCUUCUCCUCCUCCAACAAGCCCCCUGACUGCUGCUUCUCCUCCUCCAACAAGCCCCCUGACUGCUGCUUCUCCUCCUCCAACAAGCCCCCUGACUGCUGCUUCUCCUCCUCCAACAAGCCCCCUGACUGCUGCUUCUCCUCCUCCAACAAGCUGCCUGACUGCUGCUUCUCCUCCUCCAACAAGCCCCCUGACUGCUGCUUCUCCUCCUCCAACAAGCCCCCUGACUGCUGCUUCUCCUCCUCCAACAAGCCCCCUGACUGCUGCUUCUCCUCCUCCAACAAGCCCCCUGACUGCUGCUUCUCCUCCUCCAACAAGCUGCCUGACUGCUGCUUCUCCUCCUCCAACAAGCCCCCUGACUGCUACUUCUCCUCCUCCAACAAGCCUCCUAACUGCUGCUUCUCCUCCAACAAGCCUCCUGACUGCUGCUUCUCCUCCUUCAACAAGCCUCCUGACUGCUGCUUCUCCUCCUCCAACAAGCCUCCUGACUGCUGCUUCUCCUCUUCCUCCCUCCCCCUUCCAUAUGGCGCCUGGAAGUAGGGGCGCCUUGGUGUCUUCGUUUUGUGGCCUGUUUCUGGAGUUAUUUGGGGGGCUGAUUCAGAAAAUUGCAUUGGGUGCAAAGUGGGUGCUGGAGCAAUCCAGGGGGGUGGUGAUGGCACCUAUUAGGACACGGGGGCGAGGCCAGGGGAGGGGCGGAGCCUCUUCCCAAGUGCCAGAGACAGGGCUGAGCACCUGAGACACCUGUUAGGACAUGGGGCGGAGCUAGAGGAGUGGGCGUGGCUUCUUCCCAAGAGCCCGAGACAGGGCUGAGAAUCUAUACUUCUCCUGAGGUGCCUGUUAGGAGACAGAGGUGGAGCUAGGGAAGGGGGCGGGGCCUCCUUCCAAGAGCCCAAGACAGGGCUGAGCCUCUAUACUUCUCUUGGGAGGCCUUUUAGGACUAAAGGGCGGGGCUAGAGGUGGGGGCGGGGCCUCCUUCCAAGAGCCUGAGACAGGGCUGAGCCUCUAUACUUCCCUUGAGAGGCCUUUUAGGACUAAAGGGUAGGGCUAGGGGCGGGGCCUAGAACACGUGGGCGGGGUAUAGAGGUUCAGUCCCGCCAGGCACUUGGGAAGAGGCCCUGCCCCCUCCUCUAGCCCCGCCCCGUGUCCUGGCUGGCUCUGCAGGACAGGGAUAGAAGCUCAGCCCUGCCUCAGAGCUUGUAACUCCGCCCAUCCCAGUCCUGGCUGCCUAUUUGUGGCCCCGCCCACCUCCCCCUCCCAGCCCUGCAUCUUGGACUAGGGGAGAGGCUCAGCCCCGCCCACCCCUCUAAGCCACGCCCCCUUUUCAACGGGUGCUGAGUAAUAUUUUUUUCUGGAAAGGGGGCAGUAGGCCAAAUAAGUUUGGGAACCACUGGGAUAGACCAUAUCAGCUCUAGAUUAUUAAAUAUGGUUUUCUUUGGGAGAGCAGAUGGCGACUACUGGAUGGCAUAUGUUCUGUACCAGAAACUAGAGCUGAUGUGGGCUAUCCAAUGCAAUUUUCUGAAUCAGCACCCCAAAUAACCAAACUGACUUUAAAGUUGGCCAGAAAACUAUUCUUAACCCUUUUGGUACUAACGUUGGAGAGUGGUCCCUGGUCCAAGUGGUCCCUGGUCCAAGUGGUCCCUGGUCCAAGUGGUCCCUGGUCCAAGUUGUCCCUGGCCCAAGUGGUCCCUGGUCCAAGUGGUCCCUGGUCCAAGUGGUCCCUGGUCCAAGUGGUCCCUGGUCCAAGUGGUCCCUGGUCCAAGUGGUCCCUGGUCCAAGUGAUCCCUGGUCCAAGUGAUCCCUGGUCCAAGUGGUCCAUGGUCCAAGUAGUGGUCCCUAGUCCAAGUGGUGACCCCUGGUCAAAAAAGGUUGGGAACCACUGCUCUACUUAAAUAAAUACCUCCAAAGAAGGAGACUCCACGGCAGCGUAGUCCACUCUUGAACAGUUCUGACCGUUAGGAAGUUCUUACAAAUAUUCUGCAACUUGAAUUCAUUGCUCCAUUGUGUCCUAAUCUCAGGAUCAGCAGAAACACACUUGCCUCCUUCUCAACGUGACAUCCUUUCAAAUAUUUAAACAUGGCUCUUGUGUCCUCAUCUCUCAACCUUCAACAUCCACAGCUCCUCAAGGUGCUCCUCAGAGGCCUUGGCUUCCAGACCGUUGACUAUUUUGUUCACUCUCCUUCUUCUGGACACAGGCUCAUGCAAGUCGUGUCCAUCUCCCAAAGCUGGACCUUCUCCAUCAUCUCCUCUUUCCUGUCCUUCCAGGUCCGCCGCAUGGCUGGGGUGUUGGUGGCCGUGGGCCAGCACCGCCUGGAUCCUGAGUGCGUGAAGACGCUCCUGGAUAUCCGUGACUUGAUGGCUUAUCCCCCAAGCACCAUUGCACCAGCAUGUGGCCUCUUUCUGAAGAA